AUGGGGGGCGAUAAUCGACGACGAAGUUCACCAAGUAGACGUGAUCGAUCGCCUUCACGUAAAAAAAGUCGUCGAGAUCGAAGCGGUUCACCGCGUGAUCGUUUAUCAAAACAUAAAGCGCAUAACGAACGUGAAAGGAAGAAAGAAAAAAAAAAAGAUAAAGAUUUGGAUUUAGAAGAAAUUGUUUCAAUGACGAAUAAAGGUGAGGCAGAAAAAAAAUUAGAGAUCGAAAUGCAAAAACGACGUGAACGAAUUGAAAAAUGGCGUUCACAAAGAAAGAAUAAAGAAAUUGAUGAUAAAGAAAAAGCGACUACCUCAAAAGAUGAAUCGGAAAAUUUAAUGGAUGAACAAAGUGGUAAACAUGAAUGGACGUUGGAUAAUGAGGAAGAUGAUGAUGAUGCAUCGCAGUCGUCUCAAAAUGAUGAUAAGAAAAUUUCUAAAGAGGACGACGAUGAAAUAGAUCCGCUUGAUGCUUAUAUGUCUGAAGUUAAUAAAGAAGUACGAUCUUCAAGAUAUGGAGCUAGCGCAGAAGGAAAGACUCGAAUCGUUUUGAUAAAUUCAGUUGAAAAUAGCGAAAAGAAAAAAGGAGAAAUUGUCGAAGCCGAAGAUGAAAUUGAGCAAUAUGUCGAUGAUUUUGAUAUCGAAAAGGCCGCUUCAUCUUUAAUUGCAAAAGGACGUCAAUUACCUCAGACCGAUCAUUCAAAGGUAUAUUAUCGACCAUUUCGGAAGAAUUUCUAUAUGGAAACGGCUGAAAUAGCUAAGUUAACAAAAAAUGAAAUUGAUGAAUAUAGAGAAAAGUGUGAUAUACGUGUGCGUGGCAAAAAUUGCCCUAAACCGAUACGGACUUGGGCUCAGUGCGGAGUUGAAUGGAAAAUUCUUAAUACUUUAAAAAAACUAGAUUAUAAGGCACCAACACCAAUCCAAUCUCAAGCAAUACCUGCCAUUUUGAGCGGUCGUGAUGUUAUUGGUAUUGCCAAAACAGGAAGUGGAAAAACAUUGGCAUUUUUGUUGCCAAUGUUUCGCCAUAUAAUGGAUCAGCCCGAAUUAGAUGAAAUGGAUGGACCUAUCGUGGUAAUUAUGUCACCGACUCGAGAACUUGCCAUGCAAACUUGGAAAGAAGCAAAUAAAUUCGCCAAGCAACUUGAUAUUCGUAUUGCAUGUGUUUAUGGUGGCGUUGGGAUAUCAGAUCAAAUCGGUGAUUUAAAGCGUGGUGCUGAAGUUAUUGUAUGUACUGUGGGCAGAUUAACAGAUAUGUUGGCUGCUAAUAAAGGGAAAGUAACCAACCUUCGUCGAGUUACAUAUUUAGUUCUUGAUGAGGCUGAUCGAAUGUUUGAUAUGGGUUUCGAACCACAAGUCAUGAAAAUUGUCAAUAACAUAAGACCCGAUAGGCAAACAGUACUUUUUUCAGCCACUUUUCCAAGACAAAUGGAAGCGUUGGCUAGGAAAAUACUCGAUAGGCCAAUCGAAAUACAGGUUGGUGGUAAAAGUGUCGUUUGCGAUGAUGUGGCUCAAAAUGUAGUGAUCCUGGAAGAACAUCAAAAAAUGCUUAAACUUCUCGAACUUCUUGGUAUAUAUUGGGAACAUGGAAAUGUCUUAGUUUUCGUGGAAAAACAAGAAAAAGCAGAUGAUUUAGUCUCUCAGUUAAUGGUUAAUGGAUAUAACUGUGCUCCAUUACAUGGCGGUAUUGAUCAGUUUGAUCGUGAUUCAACCAUUCUUGAUUUCAAGGCUGGCCGAAUUAAAUUACUUGUCGCUACUUCAGUAGCAGCACGUGGUUUAGACGUAAAAAAGUUGAUUUUGGUCGUUAAUUAUGAUUGUCCUAAUCAUUAUGAAGAUUAUGUACAUCGGGUUGGACGCACUGGAAGGGCUGGUAAUAAAGGCUUCGCAUAUACCUUCAUUCUCUCUCAUGGGCAAGAACGUAUGGCUGGUGAAGUUUGUCGAGCUUUUGAGACUGCUGGGAAAGAAGUACCAGAACAGCUAAAGCAAAUGUGGGAGGAUUAUAAAGAACAAAUGGCAGCUGAAGGAAAGACAGUUCACAUUGGUGGUUGUGGUUUUUCAGGGAGCGGUUAUAAAUAUGAUCAGGCAGAAGAUGAAAAAGAAGCCACACGCCGCAAGGUAACUCGGUUAAUGCAUGGAAUGGAAACUGCUAUGGAUGAAGAUGAUGAUGAUGAAAUUGAGCAACAGUUAAGUAGCAUGAUAAAAGGCAAGAGGCGCGUUGUUGAAGGUUUUCGCUCUGGAGGACUAGGCUCGGGUGUAAAUGCUGUUGGUGAUAAGGUUGAAAAGGCUCGAGCUACUGCAGCAAAGAUUGCUGAAGCAAAACAACUUGGUGUAACGGCACCUAUCGAAAAAGAUGCCACGGCUUUAACAGCUGAAGCAGUAAUGCGUGGCAAUAGUGCAGCUCCUAUUGCUAUCUCGGCAAAAUCAAUAGCUAAACAAAAAGCCGAACAAUUAAAUGAAAGAUUGAAUUAUAUGCCUUCGGAAUUAUUACCAGGUGUAGAAACAGAAUCCGAAUUACAAUAUUUCGAAGAAGAAAUCGAGAUAAAUGAUUUUCCACAACAGAUUCGCUAUCGUAUUUGUUCCAGAGAUAGUUUGGCACAGGUUCAAGAAUACGCUGAUGUUGGUAUAUCAGUGAAGGGUUCAUACUAUGCCAAUAAUAAAGAGCCAAAAGACGGCGAAAGAAAAUUAUUCUUAUUUUUGGAAGCACGAUCUGAACUUGCUCUUCGUCGUGCACGUGAAGAAAUUUUACGAAUAAUGAAAGAUACUGUUCGCCAAAUGGCUCAAACUGGUGCUCGUAAUGCUUCAACCGCUGGUCGAUAUAAAUUAUUCUGA